CAGGGUUACCGUAGAGGGGGAAGCUCGAGAGCUGAGGAAGAACGCCGCCAGCCCGGUGCUGGGGGCCGGGUAACGAAACCCACACCAUCAUGUAACGACAAACCCCACCCCCAAGAAGCGAGCCGGGGCGCCAGAAAGGCGGGGGUUGGGGGUGGAGACGGGAAGGAAAACCAACCGCCAUUUUCCUCCCGCUUCGAGAACGAAACGGACACGCGCGCGCCCCCUCAAUCCUCGGGACCGCCUAAUACCCCAACCCCUCCAGCUUCCGGCGGGUCUCGCGAGACUGCACUCCUAGAAAUCUCGAGCCGUCUUCGUCGAGCCGUACCUUGGGGUUGCUGGUUUGGUCGAGGGGUGGGUGUGGAGAAGGGGAAGAGAGAAGACAGGGAAAGGCGGCAGACCUUGAUUGACACGACACCGCCGCUAAUGGUCGCCAGGCUCCCAGGUGCCGAAGGGUGUUGCCUCCCCCCGGACGUCGCUGGGACCGCCCCCCCUUCCCCCCCGCUGGUCGGCGGCGGCACCUGGCUCGGGCCGCUCCUCCCGCUCCGCCUCCUCCUCUUCUUUCCUCCUCCUCUUCCCUUCCUCCUCCUCCACCUCUUACUGCUGCUCGGUCUCUUGUUUAUACCGCGCCUCAGACACUUCAUCCCAGUCCCGGGCGAGCAGCGUUGGGUUUAUGUCUUUAUUUGACGAAAACGAGCUGUUGCGCAGCCAUUGGUACCUGUAUUGGGGAAAUAUAGCAUACAAGCAAGACGCUUACAGCCUCUGUGGCAAAAACUUUUUCAUGUCAGAGACCGAGAACUCUUGCAGUCGUUUAUGUCAUCCCUUCUUCUCCAGACAGAAGAUACCAAAAAGUUGCAAUCAAAGAUCUCUUCAUCUUAUUGAUAAAACUACUACUAAUAAGCCAAAAUGUCUGUCAACGUCAACCGCAGCGUUUCAGAUCAGUUCUAUCGCUACAAAAUGCCCCGUCUGAUUGCUAAGGUUGAGGGCAAAGGAAAUGGAAUAAAGACAGUCAUAGUCAACAUGGUUGACGUUGCAAAGGCGCUUAAUCGGCCUCCAACGUAUCCCACCAAAUAUUUUGGUUGUGAGCUGGGAGCACAGACCCAGUUUGAUGUUAAGAAUGACCGUUACAUUGUCAAUGGAUCUCAUGAGGCGAAUAAGCUGCAAGACAUGUUGGAUGGAUUCAUUAAAAAAUUUGUUCUCUGUCCUGAGUGUGAGAAUCCUGAAACUGAUCUGCAUGUCAAUCCUAAGAAACAAACAAUAGGUAACUCUUGCAAAGCCUGUGGUUAUCGAGGCAUGCUUGACACAAACCAUAAACUCUGCACAUUCAUUCUCAAGAACCCACCUGAGAAUAGUGACAGUGUUACGGGAAAAAAAGAAAAAGAAAAGAAAAAUAGAAAGGGCAAAGACAAAGAAAAUGGUUCUGUGUCCAGCAAUGAGACAACACCACCACCACCACCACCCAAUGAACUUAACCCUCCACAUGCUGUGGAAGAUGAUGAGGAUGAAGAUUGGGGAGAGGACACAACUGAAGAAGCUCAAAGGCGCAGAAUGGAUGAAAUUAGUGAUCAUGCAAAAGUUCUGACACUUAGUGAUGACCUAGAAAGGACAGUUGAAGAGAGAGUCAAUAUUUUAUUUGACUUUGUGAAGAAAAAAAAAGAAGAAGGUAUUAUUGAUACUUCUGACAAAGAAAUUGUCGCAGAAGCAGAAAGACUGGAUGUAAAAGCUAUGGGUCCUCUUGUUUUGACUGAGGUUCUUUUUAAUGAGAAGAUUCGAGAACAAAUUAAGAAGUAUAGACGUCAUUUUCUACGAUUCUGCCACAAUAACAAAAAAGCUCAGAGAUACCUUCUUCAUGGUUUGGAGUGUGUAGUAGCUAUGCAUCAAGCUCAGCUCAUCUCUAAAAUUCCACAUAUCUUGAAGGAAAUGUAUGAUGCAGACCUUUUGGAGGAAGAGGUCAUCAUUAGCUGGUCAGAAAAGGCCUCUAAGAAAUAUGUCUCAAAGGAACUUGCCAAAGAGAUUCGUGUCAAAGCGGAGCCCUUUAUAAAAUGGCUAAAGGAAGCAGAAGAAGAAUCCUCUGGUGGAGAAGAGGAAGAUGAAGAUGAAAAUAUUGAGGUGGUGUAUUCUAAGACUGCCAGCGUACCUAAAGUUGAAACUGUGAAGUCUGCUGAUAACAAGGAUGAUGACAUUGAUAUUGAUGCCAUUUAAAACAGUGCAACUGAGCUUACAGUGUAAUGCUUCGAUUUUCUCUGCAUUUUCAGCCAGAAGUGCAACAUGUAUGUGCAGAAGCUAAAAAUGGCUUAACAUCAUGCUACACUUUGUACUCAAAAUGUCUUUUUACUGUGAGUGGUCUUCUGUAACUAAGCCCAGUGAGACAUCUAGGGAGUCCAUAUUACAUCAGUGCCCAGGUUUAGUUUGCUUAUUUAUAGCAUGUUACUUUGGGGGAAAAAAAACUAGCAAUGGACACAUUUAAAUUACAUUUAUUUAGUUGUAAAAAUAAAAAUUUGUUUUUGGUCAUUCUUCAAUUUGUUACUUUGAAUGACUUGAGCCUAAAUUGACACUGACUUCAGUGUCUCAGCCAGCUUAAAAGGAGGAAAGGAAAAGGCUGAAUUUUUUGUGAUCUUGGGAGCUUAUUAGAUUUGAUAUUUCUUGGAGGGCUUCACCUGGGGAAAAAGUUGAUAGUUCGACAUUAGUUAAUCCUGGUUAGCAAAUAUAUGGGGGAAAUCCCUCUUAUUUCUAACCCUUCAAAUUUGGCAUCUGAAAUUGUUUCUUAGGUAAAGUGCCACCAUAAAAAUGAUGAAGAUAAUACCUUUGCUUCAUUGGAAGUUGAGGAUAUAAGUGUAAACAGAAGUUAAAAAGGGUUUUUUUCCCCUUUUUUUUUUCUUUUUUUCCCCUUUUUUCUUUUUUCCUUUUCCUUUUCCUUUUUUCCUUUUUCUUUUCCUUUCCUUUUUUUUUUUUUUUUUUUUUUUUUUUGAAACUUGAACUGUGCAAAUUUAUGUUUGCUCCAUGUUGUCAUUGAGGUUUAGUGCAAUGUACAUGUGGGCUAAGCUGAGAAUCUUUCUAUAUUAACAAAUGGAGUAUUUCUGUAUGUGUAGCAACUCUGCUGAGUGAAAUUUCAAACUUUUUGGAUGUGAUUAAAUAGGUUGACCUGUAACAGCCAAAUCGAAGAUUUAUUUAGGGAAAACAGGGAGAAGAUGUGCACUAAUCUAAAACAGUGAACAUUACUGAGAAUUUUUCAGCCUUGACCUUGAGAGUCUAGAUCCCAACUUCAAAAUGUUUGGGCAUUUACUAUACCUUUUCAGUGUGCUAUUUGCCCUGAUGUUUUGGUUUGAUAUCUUUUCAUGCCUUUUUACAUUGAUAUAGCUUGUGCUGUUUGGAACUUGGGCACUAUCUUGCCAAAAUUUUUAAGAAGUGUUAAUAUGUCUAACUUGAUUUUUCUAAACAUUCUUAUUUAAAAAGACUGAAAUAAAGCUAAAAGCGUACUUUAUAAGUCAGAACCUGUAAUACAGAGUGUGACUUGGUAUAUUUUUUAUUUUACAUUGACAAUAGCCAGAUAUUCACAAAAUUGUUUGUGAUGGGUGUUAGUUCUACAAGUGGGGAUAGUCUCAGCCCAGAUGUUCACAAAGGUUUGGUUGAUUCUUAACGUGAUUUCCAGAUUUAAAACUUCUGGCCCAGACUUUAAAACAUUUUGAAACAGUCUUUAUAAAGGGAUUUUGUUAUCUUGAAAAAAAAAAUACUGGAAAUCAAGAAGCCAUUGCUGAAAGGCAGAAUCUUUUUAGGCCUUUUCUGUGGAUUGGGAAAAAUCUACUUGACUGACCUCACAGAUAGUAAAGAAAUUAGUAUGUAUGCAAAAGUAUUGUGUAAACACCAGAAUUUCCAAAUGUCAGAAAACCUUUUUAAAUUGAAAUGGACAGGCUGUGAGAUAAGGUUGUAACAUUGAGGAUCACUUAAAACAUGCUAGCAAGGAGCUUAAUCUUUUAUAAGUCUAAAGAAAAACAUUUCAGUUUUUGAAACACUAAGUGACAGGAAAUCUUGUACACUGGACCAAUGUGAAAUCUGAAGGGAUCAAAAUGUAACUAAAUUUGAAGCUUUGAGAAAAAUAAAAUAUUCACAAAGGUUAUCCUAAGGAGCAAUUGUAUGCUUUGCUCUCUACCACUGUCUUUAAAACUUUCCUGUUUUCUUCUACAUUACUUGAUUAUUAAAAGAUUAAUAUUGA